AAUUUGUUGUAAUGAAAACCCUAGACACAAUAAUUGGACAAGAUUUCCAAAAAGCCUAAUUGAAUUCACCGUCGGACAUCGCCGGCGGCGAUGGCGUCAUAUCAGGCGAUGAUGGGGAACUUAACGGCCGAAGAUCGCCGGAUUCUGACGUCACUGAACACCGGAGCAUCAAGUCUGUCAUUAUUAGGAUCAAGUUUUAUUGUGCUUUGUUACCUUCUUUUGAAAGACCUUCGCAAGUUCUCUUUCAAACUCGUCUUCUUUCUCGCUCUCUCUGACAUGCUAUGCAGCUUCUUCAGUAUAAUUGGGGAUCCAUCUAAAGGGUUUUUUUGUUACGCCCAGGGAUAUAGCACCCAUUUCUUUUGUGUCGCUUCUUUUCUGUGGACUACUACAAUUGCAUUUACUCUUCAUCGUACUGUUGUUAGACACAAAGCAGAUGUAGAGGACUUGGAGCCUAUGUUUCAUCUGUAUGUUUGGGGAACUUCAUUAUUGAUGACUGUGAUGCGCUCCAUUAGUAAUGACCACGAGCAUAUAGCUCGUGUAGGUGCAUGGUGCUGGACAGAGUCAGGACGUGCAGCAAAGGUUGUUCACUUUGUAACAUUUUAUGCUCCACUAUGGGGUGCAAUUAUCUUCAAUGGAAUUACCUACUUCCAAGUGAUACGAAUGCUUAACAAUGCAGCCCGUAUGGCAGUGGGUAUGGCAGAUCGAGCAGUCCACACAAAUGCACGAACAGACAUGAAGGCACUAAACCGGUGGGGUUACUACCCACUCAUUCUUAUUGGUUCGUGGGCUUUUGGCACAAUCAAUCGCAUUCAUGACUUUAUUGAGCCAGGCCAUAAAAUCUUUUGGCUUUCAGUUCUUGAUGUUGGUAUGGCUGCACUUAUGGGUCUGUUCAACUCUAUUGCUUAUGGGCUCAACUCUUCCGUAAGAAGGGCGAUUCACGAAAGGCUGGAUUUGUUACCGGAAAGUGUCAAGAGAUGGUUGCCUAAGAUGGCAAAGAGCAGAGGCCAACAGGAAGAAAGUGAACUGUUAUCGUUAAAAAUUCAGGAUCAGCAAUAGUGAUAUGAACAUUUUUUCUUUGGUCUAACCCUGUGCAAGAGUGUGAUUUUGUAUGUAAUUGCUCACCACGAUUUUUUGAUUUGAGAAACAAAAUUGAGAUUGAUAGAAAAGACCAUGGCACCCAUAUCAACUGAGAAGAAGAAACUAUUGUCUUGAUCUUGUAUUCUUCAAGAUGAUACGGAAUGAUGCUAUAUGUCCCUGUUGUCCCUUUUUUGUAUUUGGCGAUGUGUUCCGUAGCAGUUCACCGAUUUGGGAAGAUCUUUGGUGGUAAUAACCAGUUAAUUAGGAGAGUAGAAUUUCUGACAUUUGUAAAUUAUUGUAUUUGGCAAGUAAACACAGCUAUUGCCUGUCAUAGAAUCAGUAUGUAUAAUGUGUACACUGUACAGAUGAUCGUUCAGCUUUUUUUCCCUCCCUUCUCAGUUCUCACUGCCGCAUUUCUGUAAAGGCUGAGGCCCGUUUUGCAUUCUGUUUGUUGAUAGCCUGGUACAAUUUGUAUUGUAUGCUACCCGAAAUCGUAUGGGCGUUGUAUAAAUAUUUUAUUUUUCUUUA